AUGUCUAACAUCGCCGAAGGCACCUCCCUCAAUGUGGGAAGCCACAAGGUCAACGUGGUGCGUUUCUUAUCUGAGGGCGGGUUCUCCAAGAUCUACGAAGUCACCAUGGAUCCUCCUCACGACGACACGGAGGUGGGCUGCCUCAAGCAGGUCAUAGUUCCGGACAAGAGCGGACUCAAUGCGUUACGUAAGGAGGUGGAUGUCAUGAAGACGUUGAGCCUGGCCAAACACAUUGUGCGCUACUACGAUUCCAAUGCCGAGAGAUUGGCUGACGGCCAGUACCAGGUGCUUGUGUUAAUGGAGUUGUGUCCGAACAAGUCGUUGUUGGAGUACAUGAACGCCCGCAUCCGUACGAAGUUGACCGAGAAGGAGAUCCUCAAGAUCAUGGUGGAUAUCACCUUGGGGCUUUACGAAAUGCACAAGAUCAAACUCAUACAUAGGGACGUCAAGAUUGAGAACGUCUUGAUAGACGCCAAGAACGUUUUCAAGCUUUGUGACUUUGGCUCCGUGUCGGUUCCGAUCCGGCCUCCAAAAGACCAGCGUGAGUUUCAGCUAUUGAGCCACGACAUCCUUUACCAAACAACUCCGCAGUACCGGGCGCCCGAAAUGGUCGACUUGUACCGUGCCCAGCCAAUUGACGAGAAAUCGGAUAUUUGGGCCUUGGGGUGUUUCCUUUACAAGCUUUGCUACUACACGACGCCCUUUGAGGCCCAGGGUGACAUUGCCAUCCUCCAUGCAUCAUUUCAGUUCUUGCCCCAGCCGGAAUUCUCGGGCGACUUGAAGAAUCUCAUUAUCAUCAUGCUCCAAGAGAAUCCGCUCUAUAGACCUAAUGUGGUGCAGAUCUUGAUGCUCCUUUGUCAGAUGACGGGGCAGAAGCUUGAGGAGUAUGAUGUCGAGGACUUCUACCACGCGGGACCUUACAACUUCCAAGCCUUGCAUGAGAUGCAACAGCAUAAACAGGAGGAGCUCCGCAAACAGCAGCAGCUCUAUUUCGAACAGCAGCAGAAGCAGCAAGAGUACGAAAUGCGCAAGAUCAAGGCUCAACAGGAGCUGCAAAAGCCCAAGAGAUCCUCGUCCCAGCGCUCCCUGUCUCAGCAACCAUCCAUCGACAAUUUGCUGCCAAGUGUGCUGAAUAUUCCUAGCCCUAGCAUCAAAGCACACGGAUCAUCCGCAUCCCUUGCAUCUCAGCAACACGCUCAGGCGUCCGCAGUCUCAGUUAGCCACGAUGCUGCCACUCAACUGCCCUACCUUGCAUCACAGGUCCCCAAGCAGGGUCAUGUUCUUCCUCAGGGCUCUCCACUUGUUGCAGCCUCGUCUCCUGUUUCACAAAAGAGCAAGUUGCACCAGGUUUCUUCAAUCAAGAACGACUCUCAGGCAAACCUUGCCCAAUUGAACCACCAAUACAACUCAGGGGAUGCUGACGGGAAUGCCGAUGGAUCUGCGGAUGGAUCUGCCGAUUUGGAGCAAGACUUGGAAGAGAUAUCCAAGUUGGCUAAUGCCGAGGAGCGGUACCCAUCUUUGGACGCUCUCAACGACGAUGUUGUGAAGUCGGCGUCUGCCUCGACGCACAGAAAGUCCCUGGACUUUAGUGUGAAAACUGGGCUGGGCCCUAGUGCCCCAGGCAGUCGCAAGCAUCUGCAAGACCCUGACUUGAAGAGGCCCACCGAGUUUGAAUCUACACAUGCUUGGGAAAAGCCAUCGCAAGCGAUCGACAAGGAUGCCGAGAAGCUAGUGGAUGAUAUCUUUGCUUCGAAAACCGGACCCAGCGAUACCGCCGGCACCUCCGUUCCAUCCACAUCAUCCAAAGAGCCAAUUCCUCCGCCCAAGACGGAUGAAGGUGCGAAGGACUACUUCUACGAACAGCCAGCAGCACAGGUGAAGAGUGAGCUCAAUGUUCAGAAGGGCACCACUAAGGGCGCUGAACCUGCAACACAAGCACCAGCGCCAGAGCCAAGAUCCCAAUAUGAUAACAUAAGCAAUGGUUUGCAGCGGCCUUCGCAUUUGCAAGGAUCUCUCUCGAUGGACCUGUCGGCCACGUUGGCGCAGAAGCCUAAUCACUCGCAUUCUUACAGUAUGGGUACUGUGCCUUUACAAGAUAGUCGUAAGGGCGCCAACCCUUGGGGCGAAUCAUUGAAGCAAGGAAGAAGCCCCAUGCCGGCAGUGGCGGCUCCCACAAUGGAGGAUAUGAACAUCGGUCAAUUGUCAUUGAAUGAUUCCUUGCCUUCGUCAGCACAGUCAAUACCACAGCAGCAGCAGCAGCAGCAGCAGCAGCAGCAGCAACCGCAGCAACCACCACAGCCACCAACUGGCAGCAGAGGUCCUUCGCUUGAACUUGAUCGUAACCUCAUUGAGCUCGAAGUUGGUCUCUCGUCGGGUGAAAGUUCAGAGGAUGCUCCACCGCUUCCGCCCCACCCAGCACGCAAGCAGGUCGAGGAGGUCCUUGUGGACUUGGACAACAAAGAGGAGAAGAGAAAGCCUAAAAUGAAGAAGAGCUUGUCGCAGAACCCCGGUCAGCCUUUCGCCGUCAAGGAAGAGGUGAUUGACUUUGCUUCUGAUGACGAGAACCAGCAGCUGGAGAUGAGCCGGUUGUCGAUCCGCAACUCGCUUCGGAAAUCCCGUAAGCUGAGCGAACAUCGCCGCAGCGACAGCACGCACAGCGAACACAAGCGGCGGUCAUUCUUUGGCGAUUGA